AUGCAUUUCACAACUCUUGCGGCUGGUGCAGACUUCACCAGAUUACCGUAUUCGAAACUGAGCCAACAGGCGAUUGUGGCUAGUCACUGGAAAGCCUACCUCGACUACCACAUUGCUUUGCAGGAAUUUAUCCGCCGAAAGGCCGAAGGCGAAGAUCUCUCCGCGGCAUUUGGCCUAGUGGACAUUCUGAUGACGGUCGGAUACGGCUUGAGGGCCACAGACCAUCGAGACAAGGUGUUCGGCCUGUACGGCAUAUGCAAACGACUCGGCUACGAACUGCCUCGGCCAGAUUACAGCAAAGACGCCGCCCAGGUCUUCAAAGAAGCAGCACUGGCGAUCGCGAAGUACGACUCCAAAUUGGAUUUUUUAAGCGACAUGUGCAAUCCUUGGGACCAUGAUACACUCUCUUCGUGGGCGCCAAAUCUCGGUCCUUGCAGCCGCGAUGUGACUCCCGCAAACCCCCCGUGGUUGAGCGUAGCACCCGAGACCCCUGAUACUAUGCAUGGACUGAGCAGCAGCCCAUGGGACUUCCACAUCUCUGAGGAAGAUUUACCCACUCCAAGGGGAGCAAUCUUGACCACCACCAUACUACGGGUGCUGGGACGACAUGUGGACGUAGUGGCUGCCGUUGGCGAGCCAUGGAAGGUCGAUUUCACACGCACUAUGCUGGGUGAGCAACCAGACCUGACCGCGCCUAUCCAGGUUGGGAGCCUGGUGGACUGCGUCGAUUCAUGGCUUCAAAUUGCUCGUGCUGCUAUCGACUCUUCCCAGCCCAGACUGACCAA